UGUGAGAAAAUGUUCAGAUUGCGAAUUUGUGGUGUGUAACCAGGGAGGAAGCUAUUCCGACAACAGCAAAUUAUAUAGAUGUUGUAAUAAUUCGAACUGUAUGGACCUACAAACACAGGACGUCGGGUUGAUAACACAAAACGAAGACUCGGCAGGAAAACAUGAGAGGGUUGAAGCAAUGAAGGAAAAAUCGAAAAAUGCUGCUCGAACACGCCGUGAAAAGGAAAAUGCAGAAUUUUACGAACUGGCAAAAUUAUUACCAUUGCCCUCGGCAAUUACUAGUCAGCUUGACAAAGCCUCCAUAAUCCGACUGUCUACAAGUUAUCUCAAGAUGAGAGCGGUUUUUCCUGAAGGGCUGGGUGAUGCUUGGGGUCACAGAACACCCCCAAAAACUGCACUUGAAAAGGAGUUGGGAUCUCAUUUACUUCAGACUUUGGAUGGCUUUAUAUUUGUUGUGGCCCCCGACGGAAAAAUUAUGUACAUUUCUGAGACGGCUUCUGUCCAUUUGGGUUUAUCUCAGGUGGAAUUAACUGGCAAUAGCAUAUAUGAAUACAUCCACCCUGCGGACCAUGAUGAAAUGACCGCUCUUCUCACCGUCCAUCAUCCCUACCACACUCAUAUAUUACAAGAUAUCGAAAUAGAAAGAACAUUUUUCUUACGGAUGAAGUGUGUCUUAGCAAAACGAAACGCAGGAUUAACUAAUGGCGGAUACAAGGUUAUUCACUGUAGCGGCUAUUUGAAGAUAAAACAAUACACGAUGGACAUUGCGCCUUACGAUGGCUGUUACCAAAAUGUUGGCCUAGUGGCCGUGGGACACUCUCUCCCACCCAGCGCCAUCACCGAAAUUAAAAUGAACAACAAUAUGUUUAUGUUCAGAGCAAGCCUCGAUCUCAAGCUUAUCUUUUUGGACGCCAAAGUUGCCCAGCUGACCGGAUACGAACCUCAGGAUCUGAUCGAGAAAACAUUAUACCAUUAUAUACAUGCCUGUGAUAUUAUGCAUAUGAGAUAUUCUCAUCAUACAUUGUUAUUGAAAGGGCAAGUGACGAGCAAAUAUUACCGAUUCCUGUCCAAAGAUGGCGGCUGGGUAUGGAUGCAGAGUUACGCCACCAUUGUCCACAACAGUCGCUCUUCGCGUCCUCACUGUAUCGUCAGUGUCAACUAUGUACUCAGUGAUGUUCAAGCCAAAGAUUUACAAAUUCAGCUGGAGCAGACGAUGUCAAAAGACGCAUCACCUUACUCCAGCUUGCAGGAAAGGUCAAGGCCGACCAAGGUUCGUUCCAGCAGGAGUAAGUCCCGUCGUUCGCCUUACCCCAGCGUUCCGGAACCCACCCCGGAAUAUCCCACCCAGGAAUACACGGAUCUGGUGCCGGAAGUGACAGUACCGACCAUGUCAGGGUACCAGAACAUGAUGUACCAACAUUCCCACGAAGGGAUGGACCGUUACAGCGCAGCUUUCUAUUCCUCUCCGUACGCCACUCAUCCGAGCAUGACAAUGUACAGAGACUCCGCGGCUUGUGUGUAUCCUUACCAAGCUCACCAAAGACUCAUGGACGAGCGUCCCACGUACAGGGGCUAUGAGGAACGAUAUUACCCAGCCAGAGAUCCUGCGAAUUUCCCCGGAUUCAUCAGCUCUCAAAGCACAACCGGCACGGCAGCACCCUCCGAUGCUUCGCGACUCACUCAUUCGGACUCCAGUGCCAGCAGGGAGGGUUACACCCGACCAUCGGAGAGUUCUCGUACCCCGACAGGGGGACAGGGACAACAACAACAACAGUUUGACUACAGGACUUCAGGGCAGUGCUCGAGAAGCAGUAGUCGAGACCCCUCAUAUAAUUCCUCAUCUCAUAACUACGCGGCUCCUUACAGCAACCGCUCCGAAUCUUCAGCUUCUGAAGUGGAUGUUGUGAACGAGGAGUACGACAAGCGUCAUUCUGGGGCAAAUCCCCCCAGUCGUGCUGGGGACCGACAAGGUGGUGCAAAAUUUGAAUCUUUGAUUGAUGCCACGCAACAACUGGUGAAAGAUGAAACGUACAAACCAUCUCAAGACAGUGCUACAGCAGUGACGGAGGGAGGAUCGGGUCUGACAUCAUCUCAGACCCGAGACUCGUCCACCGCGCAACAAUCGGUCAUCAUGAGGCGCCAAUCUGUGCAGUACCCACAAAACGCCACCACCGACAGCCGAACCAACAACAACACGGCGGACUAUCACGGCUCUAGUUAUCUCAAAUCCCAGAGCGCCUCUCUUCAUCCUGAACUCAGCAAAAGCACGGCAGCGGCUUCGGAUACCAAUCACAAUAGCUCGCUGGUGACGGGCGCCACUGCCAUUGCUAGUGCAACACAGAAACUUUUGGAUAUGCGCGCGCUGCAAGAAAAAACUUACAGUGCUGCUCAGGACGCGUAUACAAACUGUGUGAAAGCUUAUGACGCGUAUGGUCAACCAAAUCCUUACCAGACAGCUGCACUACCAAACCAGCGACACUACCCAGUGAUGCCCCAGGCUGGCUAUACCAGCGUCAUUGUAGACGCCCAACAGUACCAUAUGGCCAACGGAUUCGUACACUAACUUAUUUUAUACCGAAAAAUUAAUAAAUACUCUGUGAAGUAUGUGGUUUAUAAGUGUGCCAAACUGUCUUUCGGUCUGGCAACACAAUAUAAUAUAUAAUGUAAAGGUCUGCGUGGAGUUUGAUGGUUCAAGAUAGAGAUGUCGUGUGUAGCUAUGAUGGUACUUUUAACUGGUGACAAUCAAUCGUAUAUAUGGCCCCUUGUCGUCUGGGAGCUAACGAACAAAGUUAAAAUGGACUAUUAAGUUAGCAUAAAAAUAUACUAGUCAUGAUAAAAUGACUGUUUUGCUCGGUUUCUCCUACGAAACAUAACUCAUUUACGUUGGUGUCAUUUUCCACAAAAACUUUGUGCGGCAACUUGUCUUAGAUACCUCAAUGAGUAGAAUGUGCGUAUAGAUAAUUUGUAGUAUUUGUCCCAAAAUACUGAUUUUAACUGUCUGCUUGAGUAUUUCAUGUCUAAUUGAUCACACAAGUUCGCUUUGUACUCAAAUCAUAUAAUAUAUAGAUCUUGUCCUUAUCAGUAUAGAGACCUUCUGGUGCUACCAAUUUUGGUUUUCAAAGUUUUCGAAUGCUGGGAUUGGUCGUAAUGUAGUCUGACUUAAUUUAGAUCAAAUAUUGUAAUAUUUUAUAACUGAAUGAUCUAUAUUGUGCCUUAAUGAAAUGGGUAGAUUUUGACGGAGAAAUGCACCAAAUGAAACCCCUGUCACCAGUUUUGGCAACCGGGUAAAUUAUCAAGCAUAAUGUAUAUCUGUUACAUGGUGGGGGGUUUGUUGUAAAUUUUCGUCUUCUUCCGUGGCUGACGAUCUUCAACGAACAAAUAGUUCUUUGAGUGUAGAUAGGGAUGAAAAUGGGAGGGAAGGAAUAUAAGUCUACUCUGGCACUCUGGAGUAAACUGAAACACUGAAUAAAUCAGCACAGAAGCUUUAAAUAAUAUCAACAAUAGAUGAAAAUGUAGACACGAGACUGAACAAAAUUUUAUUUUAUCUGUUGAACAUGUUAGCAUUACGCUUUUGUCUUUCCAAUAUAGGUCACUGUCCUGUUUUUAAUCUAGGUAGCCGCAGAUCGAAUUUUUAAAAAAGGAUAAAUACUUAGUAUAUAAAAACGUAUAUUUAUUUAUCAUUUUAAUUUAAUCUGAAUGAUUCUCAAAUAUUAUUAUAUCUCAAUAUUAAAUGAAAUAAAAUUGCUGCAAUAUAGUACGGAUUAGCUGACAUUAUACAAGAUUGUAUAUCAAAGAAAAGAUUCCUGUUCCACGAGAAUACUAACUGAUCUGACGUUGUUGUCCCAUACAUAUUCUACGUUUGAAGUCAGUAUUGACCCCCCAUUCUGUGUAGAGGUGUUCUACUCAUUUAUGUUAAAACGAGACGAAAGGCUUUUGAAAUAUGCCUUUCUCACGAAUUUAGAAUCAGUAAUGUAAAUGUCACAUAUUAUCUUGGUCACGUGUCAUUUUACGCAAUUUCUGUUGGGAUAAUAUUUAUUUGUCCUAUAUUGAAUACAAUUCAUAUAUAAAUGGUGUCCUGGUUCAUAACAGUGGCAUCGUCUAUGUUUAUCGAUUUUCUGCAAUA